CGCGCCUCUUUUCCCGGAGCGCAGCACUGGAGACCGCAAGAGGAGAGGGCGGAGGGCUCCCCGAGCGUCCGGGUCCCGCCCCGCGGCCGCAGAGAAAGGGAUGCGGGGGACGUCCGCGCCCAGCUCUCGGCACGUGGCACCGCGGAGCUCCUGGUCGGGACUGCCGAGGCUCAGAGCAGACGUGCUGGGUGCGGCCUCCUGCGUCCCGAUCUUCCUACAGAGCAAGCAAGAAGGAGGCUGGAUUUCAGUGAUAGAAACGGUUUGAACAUUUAAUGAAGACCUAGAGUUCCAGUGGACAACACACAUCUAAAAUGCAGGCUGACUGUGGCUCUCCUUGGCCUCCCUUGCCCGCUGUGCUUGGAUCAUGAGGGUGUUGGAGGAGAGUCUCUUCUGCGUGCUGCUCCCAGUCCUUCACCUGCUAGCGAGCGCUGCGGAGCAUGAGGAGGUGGCAAAGCAUGUGAUCAAGCUGUACCGCGGGAAGGGAGCCACUGCUGCCCAGAGGAAGCAGUGGGUGCUGGACAGCUGCCGGAAGCUCACUGGGCUCCUGCGGCAGAAGAAUGUGGUUCUGAACAAACUGAAAAAUGCAAUCCGAGCAGUGGAAAGAGACUCUGGCCUGUCCAAUGAGGAAAAGCUGUUCCAGGUGCACAUGUUUGAAAUCUUCCAGAAAGAGCUGAAUGAAAGUGAAAACUCAGUGUUCCAGGCCAUCUACGGGCUGCAGAGAGCCCUGCAGGGGGAUUACAAGGAUGUUGUCAACAUGAAGGAGAGCAGCAAGCAGCGGCUGGAGGCCCUGCGGGAGGCCGCCAUCAAGGAAGAGACAGAAUAUGUGGAACUUCUUGCUGCAGAAAAACACCAAGUGGAAGCCCUUAAAAAUAUGCAGCAUCAAAACAAGAGUCUGUCUAUGCUCGAUGAGAUUCUCGAAGACGUGAGGAAGGCUGCUGAUAGGCUGGAGGAGGAGAUAGAAGAGCAUGCUUUUGAUGACAACAAAUCAGUCAAAGGUGUCAACUUUGAAGCGGUUCUGCGGGUGGAGGAGGAGGCUGCCAGUUCGAAGCAGAACAUCACAAAGCGGGAGGCUGAAGAUGGCCUGGGCCUCAGCAUGCUGAUCGACUCGCAGAACAACCAGUACAUCCUGACCAAGCCCCGCGAUGCCACCAUCCCUCGUGCUGACCACCACUUCAUCAAGGACAUUGUCACCAUAGGAAUGCUGUCCCUGCCUUGUGGCUGGCUGUGCACAGCGAUAGGUCUGCCCACCAUGUUUGGGUACAUCAUCUGCGGGGUGCUCCUGGGGCCGUCGGGACUGAACAGCAUUAAGUCUAUUGUACAAGUGGAGACAUUAGGAGAAUUUGGAGUCUUCUUUACUCUUUUUCUUGUUGGCUUGGAGUUUUCCCCAGAAAAGCUGCACAAGGUGUGGAAAAUAUCCUUGCAAGGACCGUGUUACAUGACGGUACUCAUGAUUGCCUUUGGCCUGUUGUGGGGACACCUUCUUCGAAUCAGAUCCACUCAAAGUGUCUUCAUUUCGACUUGUUUGUCCUUAUCGAGCACACCCCUGGUGUCCAGGUUCCUUGUGGGCAGUGCCCGGGGAGAUAAAGAAGCAGGUGACCUGGACUACAGCGCCGUGCUGCUUGGCAUGCUGGUGAUGCAGGACGUGCAGCUGGGGCUGUUCAUCGCUGUCAUGCCGACGCUCAUACAAGCAGGGGCCAGCUUGUCUUCCAGCAUUAUCAUGGAAGUACUGCGAAUUCUGCUCCUGAUUGGUCAGAUUCUUUUUUCGCUAGCUGCUGUUUUCCUUUUAUGUCUUGUUAUAAAGACUUAUCUCAUAGGACCAUAUUAUCGAAAGCUGCAUAUGGAAAGCAAAGGGAACAAGGAAAUCCUUAUCUUGGGAAUAUCUGCUUUCAUCUUUUUAAUGUUGACGGUCACGGAGCUGUUGGAUGUCUCCAUGGAGCUGGGCUGCUUCCUGGCUGGAGCGCUGGUCUCCUCCCAAGGCCACGUGGUCACUGAGGAGAUCACGGCUUACAUCGAGCCCAUCCGGGACUUCCUGGCCAUCAUCUUCUUCGCAUCUAUAGGGCUGCACGUGUUCCCCACCUUCGUGAUCUACGAGCUCACUGUGCUGGUGAUCCUCACGCUGGCGGUGGUGACCAUGAAGUUUGUCUUGGCAGUGCUCGUCUUGUCUCUCAUCCUGCCCAAGAACAGCCAGUACAUCAAGUGGAUCGUUUCCGCCGGGCUGGCCCAGGUCAGCGAGUUCUCCUUUGUGCUGGGGAGCCGGGCCCGGAGAGCCGGCAUCAUCUCUCGUGAGCCUCCUGCUCGCCCCUGUGCUGUGGAGAGCGGCAGUAACCAAAUGUGUGCCGAGAGCAGAGCGACGGUCCAGCCUCUGACAGCGCAGAGGGCGUUGGCGAGGGGAGGCCCUGAGCGGGGCCUAGCGCCACGCACCCCUGUGAGCCGCGCACGCGGGGAGGGACAGCGGCACCUGCAAGGAGGCACAGCGGCACCUGCAAGGAGGCAACGGCGCAGUGUUUGCCGGCUUGUUCCGAAUAUUCCUCUCACGUGUAGAAUUUUCCGGAGUCAUUUAUUUGCAGUCAGUUGAUUAUGCACGGUAGUUGUAAUACUGCAUUUUAUGAAUCGCCUUGACUAUUUUGCCUGGAUGUGCCUUUUUUUCUGAAAUUAUUAACUUUUUAUUGUUAAUUCAUCAGUUCAUGAUUUUUGGUAAAGAAGAAAAGUUACUUUUUUAUUUAUUGUUCAACUUUAGAAUUAAAGUCUGUAGAUCAAAUAUUUGUUAGUAAACAUAUCUGUGAUAUGAGAUUUUAAUUCUGGCAAUGAGUUUGGAAGUUUACCUUAGAUACUUAAAGUCUAUGUUUUCUAGUUGAGAUGACUAUCUUAUAGAUAUCUAUUUGCCUCAUAACUAUUUUAAAGAAAUCCUUAUGUUAAUUUUGAGUAUAUCACUCAUAAAAUAUAUGAUUUUGAAUCACAAGGGUAUGGUCAUUCUUUAAUAAAGACCAUUUAUGAUUAGGGUAUAAUUAAUUAUAAUUUGUUGAGAAUCUUUUUAAAUUAGAUUUUUGUAUUAAGCUAAUCUGCAAAAUUUCAGCCAAUUAUAAACCAGAUAAUUCAUAUAUCACCAUACUUAUAGGGAACAGGAAGGGGACCUCUGCUGCAGGUCCUGGCCUGUGAGCCACCAUAGCACAAGGCGAAUUCAAGAACAGACAGAAACGAGACUCAGAGUGGAGAAGCUGAGUCUUGGGUCCUGGUCAGCAGCAAAGACAAAGGCCCGCAAGCACAUCCAGUGUUUAUUGAAUGCAAUUGUGGGAAGGGAUAGGAACCGGGCAUGCUUAGAAGGCAUCCAGUGAAACACUGCCAAACACCUGGCAUGAUGGCGCUAGGCAGGGCUGUCAGGGAGUCAGCACUGCUUAUCUUGCUCAGAUAGAACAGACAGGUACUGGGUCCAGGUGCAAUUAGCAUGUAACCCAUUGGGUCAGUGAGAAGCCAUAAUUCAGAGGAAAGGGUUUUAAUGGGGGUCACGCUGACCUCAGCUGCACAUAACUCAGCAGAGCCCUGCCACUCACAGACAGGGCCUAGGUCCCCGUGCCAGUCAUUGAGGGAGGGGCCCAGUCUGCCAGCUGACAUGCCCAUCUGAGUCACAUAGAGCUUCAGUCUGACUCCUGAUAUGAAACAAUACAGCCAAAUUAUGGAUGGCAAGAAGCAGGUGCCACUCAGCCGGCUAGUCCUGGGGAGGGACGUCUGUUACACAUACUGUUUUCCAAGAGACCAAAUUAAUGCAGUGCUAUUUGAAAGCUUCAGUUAUCAGCUGCCCCAGAGUUGAAGGUCUGACUCUCUCAAGUAUUUCCCUAAGGCCACAGUCUUGGUCUCUUUUGUGCUACCAUACUAUCACAGAAGGCCUGAGGCUGGGAAAUCGCUGAAGAACAAGAAUUUGUUUUUCACAGUUCUGGAGGCAGGGGCAGGGAGGGCUCCAUCUCUGCUUCCAGGAUGGUGCCUCUAAAGCUCUGUCCUGUACCCUUUCCUGACAGCAUGGAUCCAUCUGAGGGCAAGCCCUGUGACCUCACGUCCUGUGAGCCCACUCCAGCGUGGCUGCUCAGGGUCGGGCUUGUGACGUUAGGGACACAUAAGCAUUUGCUUCAGAGCAGGUACUUUAAUGUUAGCUGUAAUUAUGUAUUGUGAAUAUAGAUUAUGGAUUGCGGUAAUACAAAUUAAACCACUUUGAA